AUGGUCAUUGUACGCCCUAUUAUCGCACGACGGAAGACCGUGCUGCUCUUUAUCCUUCUGAUGGUGGCCGUGCUGUCUGCACUGCCGGGCAGCUGGUGGCUGGCGAACGUGGUGGGCCGAGUUCUGUUGCUGCCACGGCCGCCGGAGCAGGACUUGAGGCACUUCGUCAAAAGCCGGAGCCUGCACCAUUAUUUGAGUGAUAUUGAGGUACUCAUCGAGCCUACCCAGUCGAGCUGCGAGAGCCUGUCCAGUAUUCCAGUUCUUAUACUCGUCGCCAGCGUCCCUCAGCACUUCCAGCAUCGGGAGAUGAUAAGGAAAUCCUGGGCGAAAUACCAACCGACCUACUUCGUGAUAGGCACUCACAAGUCAUCGGUUGAGAUAAUCCUGGGCGGCAACUACAUGGAAGCUAAGCAGUACAACGACAUCAUUCUAUUCGACUUCCACGACCACUACCAGAACCUGACCCUGAAAACGGCCCUCAUGCUGCAAUGGGCCUCCAGCAGGUGCCCCCAAGUGAGGUUCCUCUUGAAAACGGACGACGACGUUCUGGUCAACCCGUGGACGCUGCAAGAGGUCAUCCGCGACCAUCCCGACGCCCAACUGCUUGGCUUCAGCAUCAACAACACGAGGCUCCACAGGGACCAGUACAACAAGUACUAUGUGCCGCGCUGGUUGUGCCGCGAAAACUUGAUAGACCAGUACCUAUCGGGCACGGCAUAUCUCGUGAACGGUGCUUACAUGAAGAAAAUCCUGCAGACGUCGUACAGCGUGCCGUUGCUGAACAUUGAGGAUGUGUACAUCACCCAUCUGGUGGCAAGGAAGGCCCUGAACCUGACUUUGAGCCACGACAGGCGGCUGAGUCCCAAGAGGCCCUGGGUGCCCUUCGUUUGCGUCUAUUGGAACCUGGCGACCGUCCACAGUCUUCGGCCCGCCGAGGUGAUGAGGAUCUGGCCCCACUUGCAGAAUGUCGCGCGCGAUCGGAAGAGGAAAUCGGAAUGCGGCCGCUACAGUUUCUUCAACAGCGAUUUCUUCUUGUAC